UUCACGCGCCGGAAGUGCAUUUACGGAGUGAGACAAAGGAGAGAACGCAGGUGGGCCUGUUGCGGAGGUUUUUGAGUGAGAAGCAUCAGUGCUGUAUAGAACGCAGCUGUUGCCAUGACGGCCCAGGGGGGCCUGGUGGCUAACCGAGGCCGGCGCUUCAAGUGGGCCAUUGAGCUAAGCGGGCCUGGAGGAGGCAGCAGGGGUCGAAGUGACCGGGGCAGUGGCCAGGGAGACUCACUCUACCCAGUCGGUUACUUGGACAAGCAAGUGCCUGAUACCAGCGUGCAAGAGACAGACCGGAUCCUGGUGGAGAAGCGCUGUUGGGACAUCGCCUUGGGUCCCCUUAAACAGAUUCCCAUGAACCUCUUCAUCAUGUACAUGGCAGGCAAUACCAUCUCCAUCUUUCCUACUAUGAUGGUGUGUAUGAUGGCCUGGCGACCCAUUCAGGCACUUAUGGCCAUUUCAGCCACUUUCAAGAUGUUAGAGAGUUCAAGCCAGAAGUUUCUUCAGGGUUUGGUGUAUCUCAUUGGAAACCUGAUGGGUUUGGCAUUGGCUGUUUACAAGUGCCAGUCCAUGGGACUGUUGCCUACACAUGCAUCAGAUUGGUUAGCUUUCAUUGAGCCCCCUGAGGGGGGAACAGAAAAAAAGACUUAAGAUCCUAUUUGCUUUGCCAUCCUGAGUGUGCCUGGAGGUUGAAGAAAGAGCAAAGGGAACAAAUCAAAAUUACUCAAUUUCUUAAGCUACAGUGAAGAGUUUUCUCUUUACUUACAGGUCAAAUGAAUAAUCUGUGACACUCAGGUCAGCUUGCUUCAUGUCCUACUGAGUAAUCAAACGAGUGGCACUACUUGUGACUAAUAAAUUGAAAUUCAAAAACAGCCAUGAAUACAGGCAAGAAAAGUUUGUCUAAAUACCUAGUAUGUAAAAGAAAUGAAGAUUUCACAUACUUGAAAUUACUGCUCAGCCAGCCAGUUUCCCUAUGCUUGUAAGCCAGAUGUUGUGUGAUCAGUAAAUAAGUAAAUAAAAAGCUGAGCUUGCACAAGUAUUUCCUUGGCACACUGAACUUUCUUUUUUCUUUUUGAGAUGAACUAUUGCUCUGUUGCCCAUCCUAGAGUGCAGUAGUGCAAUCCUGGCUCACUGCAACCUCCGCCUCCUGGGUUAAAAAGAUUCUCCUGCCUCAGCCUCCUGUGGUAGCUGGGAUUACAGGUGUGUGCCACCAAACCUGGCUAAUUUUUGUAUUUUUAAUAGACACAGGGUUUCACCAUGUCAGCCAGGCUGGUCUUGAACUCCUGAUCUCAAGUGAUUCACCUGCCUCAGCCUCCAAAAGUGCUGGGAUUACAGGUGUGAGCCAUAGCACCCAGCCUGAACUUUCUGAAAACAAAACAAAUAGAAGACUGUUGGCUUGGUUAAUUUCUUAGUUCAGAGCCAACUUUCUGUAGUCAAAAUGAAGGAUAAAAUUGAAAGAAAAAGGGGAAAAUGCUUAUACUUGGCAUUAAGUUGAAUGUCUUAAGUCUUAACUACGGCUUUGUAGAUGAGGCAACAGAUUUCUUAGUGAAAGUAAAAUUUCUUGAACAGGCCAAUGCCAAUCUGAAUGCCAUUUUAGUAAAGUAGAUAAGGAGAGUAGCCACUCAGUAACUGGUACCAAGGAAAGAGUAUGGCUCUAGAACUUCCAAUUCCAUUGCUAGAUGUGCCCUUUAAAAGAUAGUCUAGUGCUUUCAGGGAAGGAUUUUUAGCCAGUUUUCCUAGAAUUUGUUCCUUAAGAUUUUCUGACCUAUGCUUAAUAAGAGGGCAUAAAAAAAGGCAUGGGGGAGGGCGGUGGGUGGAGCAGGGGGAAGUAGAACCUGUUGGUUAAUGUGCAUCAUGACCUGCACUUCUUAGAUAACAGCUUGUAUGUUUUGUCCAUGUUGUAUAAAGAAACAAAGACUAUUGCAGUAAAUGUUAAUAGCCUC